AUUAAUGUCCUAGCCAAGUCGCCAAGCCAGUCCACUCUUCUUCCUUGAUGCGAACAAACGAGCUCGUCACAUUCAUGUCUGCGUGAGCUUUAGACUGUCCGAUCCAGGUUGUAUUCUCGAUCUGCGGUCUUUAGAUGCAGCUACACGACUUUCUCGUUACUGGUGGCUGUUAUUGCUUGUGACGUAGAUUUGCUUUCUGCUUAUGCUUGAUUUUGGCUGCGACUUAAGUAUAGCUAGGGGCUUCAGUUGUGUUAGAAGACGAUGUAUCUGACAUGGCUGAGCACCAUUAUAGUCGGGGCAGGCUGCCUUGCUUUGGGAUACUGCAUUGGUAAACGUCCUGCUGGUAUCUUUUUUUCAGCCAGAAAAGCCAAAGCUGUUGCCAUUGCUUUAGAAAACAAGAAGAAUAAGGCCAAGGAGCCCUUCGAAAUUGAAAAGUUGGCUGAUAUUCUAGAUGAUUUUAAAAUGGUUUUGAUAGUGAGAAAUGAUCUUAAGAUGGGUAAAGGAAAAAUUGCUGCCCAGUGCAGCCAUGCAACUUUGGGUCUUUAUAAAAAGCUACUGCAUAGGGCACCUAAAGCUCUAAACAGGUGGGAGAUGUGUGCUCAACCAAAGGUGGUGUUGAAAAUUGAGAACGAGGAGGAUAUGCUAGUUUUGCAAGAGAGGGCAAAGUCACUUAAUUUACCAACUCAUAUCACAGUUGAUGCAGGGAGAACGCAGAUUGCACCAAAUUCGAGGACAGUGAUGGCAAUUCUUGGACCCGUUGAAGUGGUAGAUGAAGUAACGGGUGGACUGAAGCUUUUAUAGUAGAAUCUUAAUUCAGAGUGGAUGCUUGUCCAUAACUUCAAAUAGUGGAGGGUCAAAAGCAAUCUCAGUUACAAAAAUCACAGCCUGCUACCAUCUGGAAAAUUUUGGUCCAACCAUUUAUCUGAUGUUAAAUUUAUUCUAUGCAGUCUGGUAAGAAAUUUAUGCUAGUUUUCAAUUUUCUUCUACUAUUUACGACGAUGAUGAUGAAAAUUUCCUGCUUGACCCAGUCAAUACUGAAUUCUGUUGUGAUUUUGAUCACAAUACUGUAAUGAAUUUAAACCCCUUACUGGAUUCUAAUUUUCAGAUAUGACUUGCCAUUCUAAAUUUCAAAUA